AGCGGAAGUAAAUUAUUUUAAAAAUAAACUUUUUGAGUUCUUGACAUUUUAGAUGAUUUAGCCUCUUGUUCACACGAGAUGUGGAAAAAGACUCUUUAAAAACAAAAAGCCGCAUUCAAGAGUUUUUUAGCCAGCCUAUCAAAAUGCGUUUCAAUGCCAAAGAAAUGGCAAAUCUUGCCCAGCAGAAAGCAACAAAGUAUGACAAAGAGGGUCUCUUACACAUCAAAGAAAAACCAGAGGGUCUGUUUAAGUCAAGAAAAUCUGAAGUUUACACGGAAAGAUGUUUCCGGUUGCUAGGCAACUUGCUCUUCUAUUUUAAAGGAAAAGAUCCGAACUCAGAACCUCUAGGAUGUAUUGUAUUAGAAAGAUGUGCUGUACAGUUAGACCUUGAGGAGCAAUUACCAUACUCUUUUACAAUUGUAUUUGAGUCUGAUGAGAAGCUGACAAAUCUUGCCUCAAAUUCAGAGGAAGAGCGCGAUUCCUGGAUCGAAGUACUCCAUAUCGCAAGUUACGAGUGUCUACAAAUGCAGUUACAGAGCCUCCGUGAACAAAUCCAGAGCAAGACAGGAAGAGACCCCUUAGAGAAUCCUCUACCUACGAUGGAUGAAGACUCAGAAAUGCGAGGUGUCAGUGACGAGGAACCCAUGCUGGAGAUAUGCUUGGCAUGUGAAAAUCUCCCCUGUAUCGCAGCGAAUGUUCCUCCGAACCCUUUCAUAGCAGUCAGUGUGAUUACACCUCCCCAACAGCAGUGGGCUAGACAUGGACACUCUGAAAUCAUAGAAAAAACCUGUAAUCCUGCCUUCUUGACGACAAUUGCAUUUGGAACGGGAAAUAUGAUAGCACCAUCGACUCGAGUGAAACUCACUGUGUACGAUAUAAAGGAACGAAUCACAAGUACAAUGGCUCAAUUAGGACAAGCAGUAUUCACCAUUAAAGACCUUUUGGCUGCAGAGGCAGACAGACUUAGACUAAAGCUACAGUCCCCUGACUUUGAGGAAUCUGGCUAUGUCACAGUGACAGCCUGGCAGGACCAGAGUCUAUCACAUAUGAUGAAUGGGAAUGAGGAUCAACCCAUAUCCCCAAUGGAAUGUAAAACGAAGAGGCGAGAUAUGCUUAAACCUGUUUAUGACAACAUAGUGACAAAGAGCUAUAGGUUUCCCACUGCAGGAGGUACACAGCUCAGAGUGUGGGAGUACAUGGGAGAAAGCAAACUGACCUUCAAUAUACCAAAGCAAUUACUUUCUCUGUGGAUUGAGGAAGAGAGUAGAUCCAUGCAGCAACUACAAGACCUUGGAGUUUUAAGUGCAGAGUGGAAUAGUAAAGUGAAGGAAGCUUUGGAGUUACAUAUGAAUCUCAUUAGCGUUUACAAGAAAAAUGUCAGGUUCCUUGCUGAACAAAAUGGUGCCCCAUUCAAACCCAGUAGACUGAAAGCAAAUAAAGAGUUAGAAUUCGUGCCCACUAAUUUACACUUGCAGAGAAUCUGGGCUCAGAAUGCAAUGAAAGAGACAAGUGGUUGCUAUGACAUCACGACAGUUGGAGCAUUUACAGCCUACUCUCAAAAAUACAAAAAUGGCGGACUAAAAAGACUCUUGAAUCAACAACGUGAAAUAUUUGACCUUAACAGUGGAGAAUCUCAGUUAGAUGACAAAAUGAGGAAAUAUUAUAAAAUCCAAAACAAUUUGAUUCGAUUAAGGGAUGAUAUACAUUACCAUUGUGAAGGUGUAUGUAGAGCUGCUCUGCAAAGGUCGUUGAGUGAGCUUAAGAAAUCUGUCUCUGCAUUGACUGAAAAAACACAACAACUUUUGGAUUUAUUAGACGAUCCUCUAGUCAAGAAAGCAGUUCAGCUGUACUCAAAUGCCAAACAUGGUGCCCCAGGGGACAGACGUGGUGUUGUCUCAUUAUCUCCUGCUAUAGAACUUAUGAAUCCUGCUUUCGCCUUAGAGCAAGCUAAGUUAAAGAGAAGGCGUUCUUACACUGAUGUUGAUUCAAUAGAUUCCCCGCCAUUAUCUCCGGAGACCCCUGAGAUUGAAAAUAAAGAACAAAGAUGGCCGCCAUGGAGUAAUCCUGAUAAUAAUAAAGCAAUGCAAGAGGAACCCUGGGACAUGGUUCGUCUGAACACAGAAGCAGCCAUGAUGUGUGUGGUAUCAUCAGUUAGUCAUAUAGAAGAGUCACUAGUAGAUCUAUCUAACUGGUUAGAAGAUAUCACGCCACUAACAGUGAAGCUGAAAAGCUGUGUAGAAGCUAUGAGCAAGCGUGCCAAAUCUAGUCUUACAUUUUUUGCUCUAACAGAAAGAAGUAAAAGCCAGAGCUUUGUCCAUACACUCAGAUAUAGAAGAGAUAUAGUCUUCUCUCAGGCUUUAACAUCAGUUGUGACGGCAUUUAUGACCAAGUUACGCAGCAGUAUGACCAACGAAACGUUUCUCCGCCAGCUCUUCAAACUUGGAGUAUUACUGGAGUUUGAGAGUUUGCUCAGUUGUCAUGGCGAUGAGAUGGCUAUGAUUGAAGAUAUGAUGAUCGGGGUACAAGAUUUACAACGAGUCAAAAUCAAACUUAUUCAGUCUCAUAAAACAAAUGAGAUUCUACCAAGAAUACAGGGUGUUAGAGACUGCAUGCCUGCUGGACCCCUUACUAACAUAGACAGGGAUGCGAUAGUGGUAGAAAUUCCUGUCCCAGAAAAUAUGUUCCAACUUCUGCCAAUUGAGAUCCUACAUGGUCAUCUGAUAUCUCUUGUGCCAGUCUUCUUCAACAUUGGCAUAAAUGAACAGGCAACUCUAGCUGAAAAGUUUGGUGACACUUCUUUACAAGAACUGUUGAACUCCGACAAUGCAAAGAUUCUCGUUAACUACUAUGAACAAUACACAGACCUUAUAGAGGAUCCAGAUGGGAAUAGUGAAGAGCAUGCCCAUGCUGCAUUCAAAGUGAGUGAACUGGUGGAGAAACUCAAGAACAAUGUAAGGAUCAAGAGGAACAAAAAUGUGGAAAUUCUACAGAUAGCAUCUGAGAUAUGCCGUAGGUUGAAUGGGGUAAGGUUCACCCAUUGUAAGAGUGCUAAAGAUAGGACUGCAAUGGCAGCCACGUUGGAACAGGUCCAGUUGUUACAACGGGAACAUGACUUAGCACCUCAUAUUUUUAAUCAUGCCCUGAGCUGUAUGCGAAGUGAGGGUGUAAGAAGAGAGAAUUCCUACAAAAACACAGGGUCAAAGAAAUAUGCCUUUAAUAGCAUACAGUUACUGUCUGUUCCUAAGUUAUACAGACCCCCAAAUGGAACAUUCGGCAAUACUCAGACAUAGAUUGAAAAAUUGCACAGCCUUUCUUGAAAGCUCCUUAACCCUUCAGGCCUUUCAUACCUUGCAGUAAAGACUGAUCCAGGAUAUCCAGUAUGUCAUGCUUUUUAUUGGCUCGAUCCCAUUUUUAGUUCUGGAGCAGAAAUUAGACAAACUUAUUACUAAAUGACUUUUAAUUUUUGCUGCUAAUUGGUUAUACACUGUAUUCUUAUUUAUGCAGUUCAAGAGCAGAAAUUGGAUUUAACUUAUUGCUAAUUUUCAAAAUACAUCUUUUAAUUUUGUGUACAAACAUAACUACCACCAAAAUAUGAUAUCAUGAAUAUAACCAAUUCAUCCUGGUUCCCUUCAUUCAUCAGAAUGGGUCGAUAUUUACUUGAUAGGUCCCCUAUUACAUGCAGAAAUACAAAGAAAUAUGAAAAUGUUUACUGGGUGUCCAUAAAGUAAAGAUACAAAUUUACUGCAGAUUUUAGAAUGGCAUCAUGAAAAAUAUCCUCAUUUCCUGACAUCAAAUCUUCUAAAAUUCUGUAUCUUUACUU